AUGCAGUCGACACGCCCAGAAACCAGUCCCGUCAAGGCUGGCAGACGCGUGCUGGGUGAAAAGAACACCAACGCGUCGUUGACACCUGCUGCUGCAAAGAGACAUGCCGAUAAACAACAACACAAGCCCAUCACCGAUGCAAUCCCAUUCAAUCCGCUGAAGGAAACACGAAAGAACCGAGAAGUUUCGACGGAACCUCUCCACGCCGGACAAAAGCGAACAAUAGACCAAGUCACCGAUAGUGAGACCGAGGAUGUUGCACCGCGGAAAGCAAUCGUGACCUCUGCUCAGUCCGAGACUGAUCAGGACUUUCAAAUAUUCGACGACAACAACAGCAACGACAACAACACACGUCCCAUUUCCCCGUCAAGAGAGGUUUCUCCAACCGGUGUGACCGUAACACAAGCUUCCGAGAAAUUGAUACCAUCACAAAGAAACAAGUCCUUGUUAGAUGGAGAAACCGAAGAAACGUCAACAAGUAUAUCUGCCUCCAGCGUUCCCACGGAACCGGCGGCGCGUCGGAUAUUCAUCCAAGAAAAAGCCGCACUGGUCAGACAAAGACUCCAAUCUGCGAUGCACCGCGUCGGAAACAACAAUUCCCUCGACCGUGCUCUCUCCCAGUUUGAGGCAUCUAGCCGUCCGUUCGUGCCCCGCGGUAACACCAACACCACCGUGUCUCGAGCAAGCUCUUCCCCGUCAUUCAUCAUAGCUGCAGCUGCAAGCAAAUCAGCAUCACCGUCUCAGGAAUCCUCCCCAAAACAACAAAAACGCGUUCUUCUCCCCCCUCUCCCAAUCCAGCCUCACUCUCGACCGGUCCGUGCUUCGGCCCGAACGUCGAUUCCCUCACCAUUUUCGGAAUCUGCUAGCAUCACUGCCCCUCCUCAGGAGGAGGAAGAGGACAAAGAAGAGGGAAAGGAAGAAGAAGAAGAAAAUGACGACGAAGAUGAGGAAACCCCUAAAGCGCAAGCCGUAAACCAGCAAAGACCCGCGGCCAAUGUCGAGGAGAUGAAAGCUGCCCUAGACAAAGCAAACGCGUUGCAUAAACUCAAGGAGCUGGCACAAUCCUCGACAAAUGCCGAGCAAACGGUUGGGCGGUGA